UAAAGACUUGAACCGACAUCAAUAAACAAACAGCGUUUUAACCACGAGGUCCUCGGUGAAGCGAAAUUCGCAGAGAGGACGGCGUUUUUAUUCUUUUUUGUAAAAUUUUGCUACUGAUAAAUUGCAAAAAUGACUGAUGAAGUAAACCCCAAGGCAUAUCCUUUGGCUGAUGCACAGCUGACACAGGAAAUUCUGGAUUUGGUUCAACAAGCUUCACACUAUAAGCAGCUAAAAAAAGGAGCCAAUGAGGCAACAAAAACACUGAACAGGGGGAUAUCUGAAUUUAUUGUUAUGGCGGCUGAUGCAGAGCCACUUGAGAUAUUGUUACAUUUACCUCUGUUGUGCGAGGACAAGAAUGUUCCUUAUGUGUUUGUGAGAUCAAAACAAGCCUUGGGAAGAGCCUGUGGUGUGUCCAGGGCAGUCAUUGCUUGUUCUGUCACAGUCAACGAAGGAUCUCAACUCCGACCUAAGAUCCAGACUAUUCAGCAGAACAUUGAAAAACUCCUCAUCUAAUUCAUCUACAGGACAAGGCCGUUGACAUUGAAAUAUGCAUGCAAUGCCAUGCAUCUUUGGAAGUCCUGGUCAGCUAAUGAAUUUAUCUACCAAAAUAUUCUUCUCUAGUUGUAAGAGUAUGUUAGAAUUAACAGACAUAGAAUUAACAAAAUCAUUUAUCAAUUUUUGUGUUCAUUUUGUUGUCAAAUCAUGGGAAACAAUUUUAUGAAGUUUUAUUUACCAUUUUAAUAAAAAAGAUAUUACAUAA